UUCCAAUUCUGGAUUGUGGUUUGUUCUAGAUAUAGCUGAUAACCAGAAAUAGCUAUUAUAUUUCCCUUCUACAUCCCCAUUCCUUAAGACUCCUCCCCAUCCUUUCCCCUUAAAGGUAAGCAUUUAAAACGAAAUCUUCAUAAAGUGUGAACUUGGUCUGUCUCGAAAAAAAACCAAAAAGCAAAACAAAACAACAAAAAACCAAAAACAAAAAAACACAAAUCAAAAAACCAAAAACACCCUCACACUUGGUUAUUUUUCAACUUAGUUUCAGCAUCCUUAACAGAAAAGGUCCUAAGGGAAUUUUUGACAUCAAGUACUUUGAAAGAACUGAUUGAGGUGUAUAUUAAUUUUUAGGAUGUUGUAGAUAGGCACUAAUGUUACAAUGAAUUAAUAACCAAUAGAACAUUUACAAUUUAUAUUAAAACAAAUGUGUUCCCUAACAAUGUAACAUCAGUACCAUACUAAAACUACCUUUGACUUAGUGGGAAAAAAAAUAAGUAUUCAAUAAAUAAUCUGGGCUGGCCACCAUCUCCCUAUCCCUCUGUCUCAUUGUUUAGAUGGAUUGAAUUACAGUUAGAAGCCUUGAUGCCUGGGAAUGUCAUUAAUUCUUGUUUUGAUUACUCUUUGAGUGUCAGUAAUAGCAAGACCUAUUAGUUCAUAAAAUAAAAACCAGGUAAUAAAUUUAGAAAGUGACACAAAUUGUGAUAUUUUGAAACUAAUUUAUAAAACCAGUGAUAACAUAGAAAUUAAUACAUUUGGAAAAGUUAUGUGGCUAGUUAAAAUUCUUCAUCUGCUUGUAAAAUUUUCCUGAGAUAUACUGGAUACUUUAUACCAAUGAUUUAUUUUUGUCUUUGCGUUAAAAACCAAACGACUAUAACCAGGACUAUCUCAACAUUGUUACAUACAAUGGUUUUUGAAGUAGACCCUAAAAACGGCUUAGUGAGAAUGGUUAGAUAAAGGUUUAGAAAACAAAUGCUGUAUCUAGAGAAACUAAGUUCCAUCAAUAGGCCUCCAUGGCCUCUCCUUUUCCUGAGUUCAGGAGGCAAUUAACAUAGGUCUGCAAAUGCUUUAUGGGGCAGAGGGAGCUGCCUCUUUUUGGUGGUACUGAAAAUAAAAUUAUCCCCCUGAAAAAUAGAAAUUAAUUACUUUCCUUUAAUCAACAAAUUCUUAACAGGGAGUGAGCCUUUUUCUUCACUCUAACAUAUUUUAUGCAGGGAUCACUGCAUUUUAUGCCUUGUUUUGUUUACAAUGUUCCACACACUUUGACCACUCAAGAGAUAGAUGACAAACAGGUGGUCAAUAUUGACUGCAUUACAGACAACAUUUAUUAUCUCAUCCUUUCCCAAUCCAUCCAGCCACGCUUUGAACUGAGGAGAACCUCGCAGAUGCAUGGCUUUCGUUCAUUCUGGAACAUAAUGUUGUUGAGGUUGCUCUGCCUUCAUUUCCGGGUGGCAGACAAUUGUAUUUAAUCUGGUGGAAGAAAAUGUUGAUAUGAUUUUGCAGUCUUUUCCAGUUCACAAACAACUGUUUUUGAUCUGGGGGUAAAAAUAACAGCACUAUGUAUGUUUUACUUGAAGGUCACAGGUCUGUGUCUAGUCAGAUGUUAUUAAGUCUGUCUUAUUAGACAUUAAGUGAUGUUUGAAACAGGAAAUGGGAAUGGUCUCUCCAUUUAGCAGGAAUAUUUGAAGACAUUUGCUGCGAACAAGGAAGCAAUAGCCUGUGCCUGCUGGUCUAUGAUGCCUUUACACCUCAGUGGUUCUGACAACAGGGGUUGAAAGUUGUUUGUUGGAGAAAUGUCUUCUGAGUCAGAAAAGGAUAAAGAGAGACUGAUCCAAGCUGCCAAACUAUUCUUCUUCCACAUACGAGACCUGGUCUCCUUCAUAAAUCGGUUCGUUGAGCUGUUUAACCUCACGAUGAAGACUCAGAUCCUUCCCAUGAAUCUGAACGAAGAGAGCUGCAUUAAAGAUUUCUUUGAACAAAUGAUCAGAAAUUUCAAAGAGAUGCAACUGAUGGUGGAUGGAAAGCACAAACAAAUGCAGAAGGAGCCGUUGUGCUCUAAGGUGCUGACUGCUAUGACCUCUGCAGUGGAGAAGUGCGCCACCAUUGCUCCACACCACACCGCGGAAGAUAUGCUCAGAAACAUCCAGACAUCAGGUGCUGCCUUGGUCCUGAAGACCAGUCAUGUGCUUGUGAAUCUAGAAACUUCUCUCUCACUCCUGAUGCAGUUCCCCAUCAUGGGUCUUCGAUUAAGUGACCUCUAUAGAGAGGAGACCAAAGAGCAGUCAGAUGCCACCUCAGAUGCCACCACAUCUGAGAAAAACAAGAGUCCAGAAUGUCCCAAAGCCACUACAGAGGAAACCUUGAGGAAGCUGCAAGAUGUGCUAAGUCCUGAGAAUGCCCACACGCCCGUAGAAGCAGCCGCAGAUGAGCUGGAACAGUUUGUCAAGAGUAUGGAGAUAACGUUACAGGUCCUCCAGAAAUCCAUCAAGACCAUGGAAGGGGAUAUCUUUGUACUUACGCAGGUCCAGGGCAAGUAGAGGACAACAUGUUCCUUUCUGAAUGAAAAGCAGCUUGAGUUCUCGAAUUUUUCAUGGUACCGUGUACAUUUUAUUGAUGCUGUAUAUUUGGUAUGUUAGAACCCAAGGGCAGAGUCAUCACUUGGCAAGCCACUCACCUGUAGUUCUGCUUUGUUAAAAAAAACAAUAAUAAUCAAAGAAAGCCUGCUUGAAAUGGCAGUGACUAAACAGAAUGCCCUGCUGCAAGGACCGAGGCAGCAUUUCACUUGGGGAUAGUUCUAAAUAAGUGGUUGCUCUUAAAGCAUAUUAAAGCUACUGGUCUGUCCUCCUCACAAGUCUAUCUCCAGUGGCAACAGUGUGAAGUCCAGGUAAGUACUGGCAUUAUCAUAUGGCAAUCUAUUCAUUUCCAUGUGGCAAUAUGUACCUUAUGGUAAUCUAGAUGGCAUGACUGUUUACUCUUAGGGAGCAUACAAACUGGAUUUUGUCAUUCAUACUGGUAUAGGCUGAGAGUGGAGUCACCUUGUCAGGAUUUCCAGCUUCCUGCAUCCUGGGACAAAAAAACAGGGCAGAGAAAUCUAUCCUGUAGCAGAAAUACAGAAAGGAUGCGCUUUCAGGAGAGGAAGUGGGCCAGAGUUGAGAGGGAAGGUCAGAUGCUCAAUGGUGUCGCCCUGGAAGAGUUGUGAUCCUUGAUGGGGCACUUGCAUAAUGCCAGCUUUGUUAUGUUUUUUGUUAUGGGCUUUUGUGCCCAAGCUGUCCUACCUACAGGAGACAACGUCUUUCCUUAUGCUAGAAGUUUGCUUCAUGUGGUAGUUGCACAGCCUUUGUUAUGACUUUAAUUUUUUCAAAUCCCUUUUUAAAUGAUGGCUCUUAAACACUUUAAUCUCCCUUGUAGCUCACCACUCACCGGAGGUUGUAGAAAAGAAAGGAAAAUAAGUGGGCCUGCUUAGAAGGGUUCUUUGGAGUGAAGUCUUUGUUGUCUGGAAAUCAGCUUAGUUCAUAUGUUAGCAGGCAGCGGCAGAUGGAUCCACUGCAAACACUUCACAGAUACACCAGCAGUCCAGUCAGGUAACAUUGGGGUAGCAAGCAGAGGUGGCACAACCUAGCAGAGACAGCCAGGCCUCAGCCUUGGCUUGAGUCACCAGGAGAGACCUGGAGGGACACCAGAAGGAGUUCUCAGCUGUUCCUCUCUCAGGGAAGUGAAGAUCAGCAAAGAUGCAAGACUCAUAAGCUUUGCACAGCUAGCUGCACCAGCAAGCCAAGCUCUGUCUCCAUCACUUUGUCGAGUCCUGUUUAUACCCUCUUUUUACCCUGCAAACAUAACAUGUCCUCCACGUGCCUUGCCUCAGCAAAUGUAUCAAGUCCACAGAGUCCCACAAAUGCAGCUCUACUAUGCAGUGUAAGGCUGACCAAUACAUGUGUGUUGUUGGCAAAGAA